UGGGGCAGCGCCCGGCCCCUCAUGAAGGUCAUCGAGGUCUCGGGGCACGGCAUCCCCUGGCUGCUCGGCACCUUCUACGGGCUCUGGCAGAGUGACAGAUCGGCCGCCAGGGAGGUGCUGCUCAACCUGCUCUUCGCCUUGCUGCUGGACCUGGUGAUGGUAGCGGUGGUGAAAGGGAUCGUCAAGCGGCCGCGGCCCACCCACAACAAGAUGGACAUGUUCGUCACCAUCUCGGUGGACAAGUACUCCUUUCCCUCUGGCCACGCCACCAGAGCCGCCCUGGUCUGCCGCUUCAUCCUGCGCCACCUGGUCCUGGCCAUCCCCCUGCGGGUGCUCGUGGUGCUCUGGGCCCUCAUCGUCAGCAUCUCCAGGGUCAUGCUGGGGAGGCACAACAUGACAGACGUGCUGUUCGGGCUGCUGCUGGGCUACGCGCUGUACGGCGUGGUGGAGUCCUGCUGGCUGUCCCCGCUCAAUGCGCCUGCACUCUUCGCGCUCUGGAGCCGCUGA